UUUUUGGAUUAAGAGUAAGUUCGCCCCCCGGCGAACUCUAUGAUGAGUUCGACAGACUAUAUAUACUAGUGGGACCAUUUUGGUUUGUCGCUUUCUUCAUCAAUUCUUUCUUUCAAAUUUUCUCUUUUACUUUUUUUGUGCCUUUUCGACAUUUGUGAAGUUUAGUGCGAGCGACUUUCUCAGUUCCAGGUUAGUAAAUAAUAGUCUAUUUUUUUUAUGUUAACUAGAAUUAUUUGGUUUACUGUUUACAUGUUAGAUAAAAUUGUUAGGUAUAGAUCGUUUGUUAGUUAGAAUAACAGAUUUAUUGUUUACAUGUUAGUUAGUUAGACGUACUUUAUAGUGUUGUUAUGUUAGGUAUAUUAUUUUAUGUCGCCAUUUUUUAGUAUAGUGGGUGUCUAUCAACAUAUUAAAGAAUAUAGAAAAGUAUAUUAUCAGAUAAUUUAGUCAGAGGUAUUAGAUAGCGUUGUGAAUUAGAAGGUAAUUAAUCGAAUAAUCAAUUAGGUUAAGUAAGAUAAGAAAGAAACGUGAGCAAUAAAAUUUAGGGUUGAGUUAGUUAUAAAUUAAUUAGUUACAUGACGACGUCAUUUAGAUAGAGUAAGCUUAAAAUUAGUAGGUUUAUAAGCUAUUUUUCAUUUAUUUUAUUUUUAAUAAUAUAGUAUGUGAUUUUAUUUUACUAGAUUGUGUUUCGAUGGAGCAUCAGUUAUUGGGUUAUGAGCAUGAGAUGUAUAGAUUGGAUCACGCUGAGCACAUCGCUGGGAGGCUUGAUCGAGUGGCGCCUCGGAUCUUGCGCACCAGACAGAACUUGAUGACACGGCCGCCAAAGCAGAUUAGGCCAUAUCUGAGACGAGCCGGGUUUGAGUACGUCGCAUAUAUGGUCGAGUUUGAGCAUGAUUGGUCGCUUGCCUCGGCGUUGAUAGAGAGGUGGAGGCCUGAGUCCCACACAUUUCAUUUACCGUGCGGAGAGAUGACUAUCACCCUGCAGGACGUGGCCUAUCAGUUGGGCCUUAGGAUUGACGGUGAUCCUGUUAGUGGAUGUAUAGAUGGGUGGGAGCAACACUACCAGGGAUGGACCAUUGAGGUGUUAUGUGAGCAAAUACUAGGUGUUGUUCCCAGCCCAGAGGACAGGCAGUCACAGACGAAGUGGACUGUGAAGCUUACUUGGUUCCACAACACAGUUUGUGGAGAGGUAGAGCAAGAUGCCAAAGAGGAUCGGUUGAUGAGGUAUACGAGAGGAUACAUCAUGUCGUUGAUAGGUGGUAUCCUCUUCUCCGAUGCAUCUGACUCUCAGGUGCAUAUCAGGUGGCUUCCCCUGCUGGAGGACCUUGAUGCGUGUGGCAGGUUGUCGUGGAGUUCGGCUGUGUUGGCAUGGCUGUACCGCCAGAUGUGCCAGGCCACGGAGCAUGGUCAGCGCAACUUGGGAGGAUGCGUCAGCUUGAUGCUUUCUUGGGCCUACCACCGUAUUCCGUUAGUACGGCCCGAUGGGUUUGAUGCUCGUCGCUUUUCCCUGGUCAUCAGCAUACUGUGCCCACUGUGACCGUGGCAUUUCUUCAAG